AUGAGGCACGGCAAAUGGGUUGCAUAUGCCGCGCGUGCUCUCGUCGUUCGUUUCUGGGACCUCGCAAAGAAAGCAGACUCCCUCGACAUCGUACUCAUCCUCGCAGGGUACAUCCUAAUGCACAUAACCUUUUACCUCCUCCUCACCCGCUCUCGCCGACUCGGUUCCUCCUUCUGGCUACCCCUCGCCAUCCUCUCUUCCGCCAUCCUAGCCCUCCUCAUCGCGCUCCCCAUCGCCAUGUACCUCCACAUCCCCAUCGACCCCGUCGCACUCACCGAAGCACUCCCCUUCCUCGUAUGUACAGUCGGCUUCGACAAGCCCCUCAGACUCGCAAGAGCCGUGUUUACCCACCCGCAUUUAACCUCGCCUAUGCCCUCGGGGUCGACGCUUUCGGCUCCGACGGUCGUUAACGGGACUGGGCAGCUCAAGCCUGCGCCGAAGAUUAUCACGGAGAGUUUGACGCUUGUGUAUCCGCCUAUUAUAAGGGAUUAUAUCCUGGAGAUUGCGGUGUUGGUUGUGGGCGCGAAUAGUAAAGUGGGUGGGUUGAGGGAGGUGUGUGCGCUUGCUGCGUUGAUUUUGGGUGUGGAUUGUUUGCUUUUGUGCACGUAUUUGGCGGCGAUUUUGGGUGUUAUGAUUGAGGUCAGGCGAAUCAAGACAGUGAGUCAAGCCAUGACCCGCUCGCGAUCCAGCUCUGUCUCGUCUUCCUCCGGCAAACCUAGCGCGAUGGUCCGUCCUGCUCCCCUUGCGACGCCUCCGACGUUGAGGCACAAGAUCUCCUCUGCUCUGCUGGGCGAAAAGGGGUCCAGUAAACAGGAGAACCCGGCUGCGAGGCUCAAGUUGCUUUUGAUCGCUUCGUUCUUGACACUGCAUAUCUUGAACCUCAUCACUCCUUUGACGCCAUCGAGGACGACCACGCAUCCUACACCACCGCACGUUGCGGGUGUCAACGUUCGAAAGGUGGACAUCACUGCUUCUGGGAUACGUUCCGUCCUGCAAUCUUUAGUCGAUGCCUCGUCUAUCCCACCCCCAAUCUACAUCCGCGUCUUACCACCCGCCUACCUUCUCCCUGCUCGCAUUGGUCUCUUGGAAGGCGAGCACCUCACCGGACGCGGGUCCACGGGCGAAUGGCUCGAGUCGUUCAUGUCGUCUUGGACUAGACUCGUAGGCGACCCCAUAUUGAGCAAGUGGAUCGUGGUGGUUCUGGCGAUCAGUAUAAGUCUGAACGGGUACCUGUUGAAAGGAAUUGCGCUUGGUGUGGGUGUUAGAGCCUUUGGUGUUGUUGGAAGGAGUGGGGUUGUGAAAGGGGGUGUUAGGUUUGAUGAGGAUGAGGAGGUUCAACAACAACCGACUGCUGUUGUUGUUACGAAGCUGGCUCCUGCGUCGCCUACUAGGGGUCCUACCUCGCCUGCUCCUGCUCCAUCGUCCGUUGCUACAUUCACGCUGGAAGACGUUGAUCGUAAGCUGAAAGCUACCAAACGGCUCAGCUCCACCUCUACCAAGCCAUCAGCAACUCAACCUCUAUCCCCAUCUGACUCUGACCCGUCUUCGUCGUCCUCGGAGAACGAGGGCCCACAGGAAGCGAAACCUGACGUGGUACGGUCCCUGGAAGAAUGUGUGGAUAUCUUUGAGAAUGGGCCAAGGCCACAGAGUGUUGCGCUGAGUAUGCUGAAUGAUGAGGAGGUGGUACUGCUUGCGCAGCAUGGGAAGAUCGCGGCGUAUGCUCUAGAGAAGGUGCUGGGUAUGGAUGAGCUGGAGAGGGCUGUGAGGAUACGGAGGGCGUUGAUCUCUCGCGCAUCGUUGACGCAGACAUUGGAAACUUCGGAUAUCCCUAUGGCGAACUACGACUACUCUCGUGUGCUUGGUGCGUGCUGCGAAAACGUUGUUGGAUAUAUCCCUAUCCCUCUUGGUAUUGCUGGCCCGCUUAACGUCGAUGGGACAUUGUACCCCAUACCCAUGGCCACGGCCGAAGGCACCCUCGUCGCGUCUACUUCUCGGGGCUGUAAGGCUCUCAAUGCUGGUGGAGGUGUGACGACCGUCGUCGUUCAGGACGCCAUGACCCGCGGACCGGCCAUUGAUUUCCCGAAUAUCGUUAUGGCUUCUGAAGCCAAGGCGUGGAUUGCUUCAGAGGAGGGUUAUAACGCGAUCAAGACGGCGUUUGAGAGUACCUCACGAUUCGCGAAGCUGAAGAGCUUGAAGACGGCUAUGGCUGGGCGGACGUUGUUCGUACGGUUCGCGACGGCUACUGGGGACGCUAUGGGCAUGAACAUGAUCUCAAAGGGUACGGAGAAGGGGCUGGAGGUGAUGCAGAAACACUUUCCUGAGAUGGUUGUUCUUGCCCUGUCGGGCAAUUAUUGCACGGACAAGAAGCCGGCUGCGAUUAAUUGGAUUGAGGGGAGGGGGAAGAGCGUUGUUGCUGAGGCUGUUAUUCCUGGCAAGGUUGUGAAGACGGUGUUGAAGACGACGGUGGAGGCGUUGUGUAAUUUGAACACGAAGAAGAACCUUGUGGGGAGCGCGAUGGCUGGGUCGAUUGGAGGCUUUAAUGCGCAUGCUGCGAAUAUUCUUACUGCGAUGUUUUUGGCUACUGGACAGGACCCUGCGCAGAAUGUGGAGAGUUCGAAUUGUAUGACGUUGAUGGAGCCGGUUAACAAAGGCGAAGACUUGCUCAUGACGAUUACGAUGCCUUCCAUCGAAGUCGGGACUGUUGGUGGUGGAACUGUAUUAGCACCACAACAGGGUGUACUGGCACUUCUCGGCAUGAAAGGCGCCCACCCCACGGCACCUGGUCAAAAUGCACAAGCACUCGCUCGGCUCAUCGCUGCUGCCGUUAUGGCUGGGGAACUGUCCCUGCUCAGCGCCCUCGCUGCAGGCCAUCUCAUCCGUGCACAUAUGGCGCAUAACAGGUCACAGACGAACACACCUGCGCCUUCGUUGCCU